UUAUCAUCCUAAAUGCUUCGACACUGCAUAAAAAACUACGAAAAUUAUAUUGUAAUCAUAAAAACGAACAUCAGGAAUCAUGAUAAAAAAACGAGUCUCUUUCAUCCUUCCAGCUCUUAUCGUGCCAAUUUUGUCAAUUUUAUUACGCCCAGGAUCUGGUCAACAAAUCUUGUUCGAUGAAGCCAACAACUGUAAACUUCUCACUGCCUGCAACGACUGCAUUGGAACCGAAGGAUGUGUCUGGUGUACGAAUCAUGAAUUUGAGGCAAAGGAUUCCUCAUUGAAAAGAAUUCCGAGAUGCGACCGUUUAGAAAAUCAUAAGAAACGAAAGGAUGGAUUUUGUGGGUCGAACCAGUUUUUAGAAAUACCACAAACCACACAGUUCAUCGAUAAAAGACUCCCCGUACAUCAAGAUCAAAAGGUUCACAUAAGUCCACAAGAAGGGCGUGCCCAACUGGCCGUAGGACUUCCGGUUACAUUCGAGAUAGAUUACCUCGAGGAUGCCGAUAAGCAACUUGACCUGUACUACAUCCUCGAUUUGUCACACACCAUGAAAGAUGACAAAGACACCGUGGCCUCUGAAAGUCACCGAUUAGCGAACGAGUUGAAACACAAACUAACUAAAAGUGUUCGCCUUGGGUUCGGAUCCUUCGUGGAUAAACCGGUCAUGCCCUUCGCAUCCUAUAGCCAAAUCAAUGAACGACAGGACUUCGUGAAACCGUACGGGUUCAGAAAUCAUCUCUCCCUCACCGAAGAUAUUACUGCGUUUCAAAGAGCUGUUACUGCUUCAAAAAUUUCCGCAAACACUGACAUGGCGGAGGGAGGGCUGGACGCAAUCAUGCAAGCAAUUGUGUGCAAUAAUGAGAUCGGCUGGAGGGAGAAUGAGACUCACAAACUGAUCGUGAUGGCUUCGGACGGGCCAUUCCACAUCGCGGGGGACGGGAAGCUUGGGGGGAUCGUGGAGUACAACGACAUGGUCUGCCACCUGGACCAGGCUGGCUACUACACCCAUUCGACCCUCCAGGACUACCCCUCCGUCGGACAAAUUAACCACGUUGCCAAAAGGAGCAAAACGUACAUCAUAUUCGCCGUGACGGAGGAUCACUUUGAGUUGUACUCUCAACUGAGUAAACGGAUCGACAAAUCCACGGCAGGACGGCUGAGAAGCAAUUCGGACAAUGUGGUCGAACUUGUGAAGAAUCAGUACAACAACAUCAAAGGUACAGUUGAACUCACUGCCGCGGUGAGCAAAGGAUCAUCCCAACUUCUCAACUAUAUCGACAUCCAGUACUCAUCCCAGUGUGGGAGCGAUGGUCGUUGGGUGGUCAACUCGAAUAUUUGCAAGAAUGUUGGACCUGGAAAAACUGUCAAAUUCCGAGUCAGUCUAAAAUUACAAAAAUGUCCUCCCACCCAACGCGAUGGAGAAAUAAUCUUUACAACUUUCGACCUCACGGAGAGAGAACAAUUCCGAGUAAAAUUUAACCUAGUGUGCGACUGCAACUGUACAAAAACUCUGCUUCCCUCAGACAAUAACAAGUCGCUUCUCACAUCCAUUUGCAGUGGUCACGCGAAACGACUUCAGUGUGGGAAAUGCGUUUGUGAUGAGGACCAUAGCGGAUCAAACUGUGAAUGCACAAAAUCGCGAAUAGGUGUGGUGCAGGAAAACAGUGGAAAUCGUACAGGUUGUACAAAAAAUGGGGAAAAUGAGAUUGAAUGCUCAGGAAGGGGACAAUGUGCUUGUGGACAGUGCGAUUGUUCACAGGGUUGGGGCGGUCAAUUUUGUGAAUGUGACCAGACAAAGUGUCGUCUUAAUCCGAACAACGAGUAUGAGCGUGAGUGUGCAAACGGGAAGGGAAAGUGCGACUGUGGGCAGUGCAUUUGCAACCCAGAUCGUGGUGGAGACAAAUGCCAGUGUCCAAAGCAGCAGACGACCUGUGUCGAGCCUGGCAGCACCACUAUUUGCAACGGGAACGGAGAUUGUUCCUGCUCAAAGGGAGACAACAGCUUGGACGCGUCUGUAGAUUGGCAGUGGUCAUGCUCACUCUGCAAGCCUGGCCACUUUGGAAAGUAUUGUCACGUUUGCAGGGGUACAAACUGCACAUCAAGAGGAAGGUCUAGCGCACGGUGUGAAGAUCCUAAAUUAAUCUCGUGUGUUCAGUGCCACGUGAACCACCACUUGAAUGGCACUUGGACUAAAGGAGUGUGUCACACCCUUUGCGAAAAGGGUGGAAGCAAGGACAAAGAAACCAUGAUUAGUCGUGGGAUUGUCCGAUACGAUGCCACGAUGUCGUCCUCAUUGAGUGACCAUGAAACUGGUGAGAGCACCAUUUGUGACGUGCCCUUCAAUGAGACGUGCUCUGCUACAAUUCUCUACGAGUACGAGUCGCUGGAGCAGAAUGAAAUUGGGGUGAAGGUCGCCAUCGGGAACAUGCUUUAUUGUCAAGCUCCACUAAAUUUUCUUCCGUACAUUUUAUACGCCGCCGGUGGAGUGAUACUUAUUGGGCUGAUGACCCUCCUGCUCUGGAAACUCUUUACAUUUAUGCUGGACACUCGUGAAUUCCAUAAAUUUGAGAAGGAAAGAGCGGCUGCAAAAUGGGCAAAAGGAGAAAAUCCAUUGUAUGCGACCCCGAUGUCAACUUUUCAGAAUCCAGCCUAUCGAAACUGAUCGCCUAUCCCAGCAGAUUUUCUUCCUACUUAUUACAUGUAAAAAUAAAUGCAUGUAUAGAAGCAUAAUUUAUAAAAUUUCCAAAAGUUUUCACUUAAUGUAUUCGAGAUAGUAUAUGUACAUAUUUUAUUUGAAAUGAAAUUUUGAAAACUCA